AUGGCUGCCGUGCAGACCACCAUCAAGACGGAGCUCUGCUCCUUCAGCGAGUACCGUAUCUAUCCGGGUCGGGGGCAGAAGUUCGUCUCUCGUGAUGGAAAAGUUCACACAUACAUACACUCCAAGGAGGCCCGCCUCGGCAGACAGAAACUAAAGGCAGCGAAACUACGCUGGACCUUGUGUUUGCGUGUGGGUUGCGUCGAAGGUCUGGCGCCGAGCCAACAAGAAGAGCAGAGGAGAGUCCGUGGCGAAACGCAGAACGCGUAA